CCGGCGUUUGAAGAACUUCUCCGACGUUACUCAACUUCAAAACCGAACUGAAUCUCAGAGAGAGAUCUUCUUCUCCGUCGGCGGCGAUCGGAAAGAGAGAGAGCGAUCUCCUUCUUCGUCGGCGGCGAUCGGAAAGAGAGAGAGAGAGAGAUGAGCACGACGCAGGGGCCGCACUCGCUGGCCUUCCGGGUGAUGCGGCUGUGCCGCCCCUCCCUCCUCGUCGAACCCCCUCUCCUCGUCCACCCCUCCGAUCUCCUCGCCGGCGAGGACAUCCUCGACGACCCCCUCGCCGCCUCCCGCCUCCCCUCCCUCCUCGCCUCCCACCUCCUCCCCUCCGACGCCGCCGCCGCCGACCCCACCUACCGCUCCCGCUUCCUCCUCCGCCACCCCGCCGACGCCAUGGGCCUCUCCGGCCUCCUCCUCCUCCCCCAGGCCUUCGGGGCGAUUUAUUUGGGAGAGACGUUCUGCAGCUACAUCAGCAUCAACAACAGCUCGAGCUUCGAAGUCAGGGACGUCACGAUUAAGGCGGAAAUUCAAACCGAGAGGCAGCGGAUUUUGCUUCUGGAUACUUCCAAGUCUCCGGUGGAAACGAUUCGUGCGGGAGGGCGUUAUGAUUUUAUUGUGGAACAUGAUGUGAAGGAACUCGGAGCUCACACCCUGGUUUGCACGGCAUUGUAUUCUGACGGCGAAGGAGAAAGAAAAUAUCUUCCUCAGUUUUUCAAAUUCGUUGUUGCGAAUCCACUUUCCGUGAGGACAAAGGUCCGUGUGGUCAAGGAAACUACAUUUCUGGAAGCGUGCAUUGAAAAUCACACCAAAUCGAACUUGUAUAUGGACCAAGUUGAUUUUGAGCCAGCACAAUACUGGGGUGCAACUAUCUUAAAGGCUGAUGAGCACCAGUCCGAGAUUUAUUCUCCAGCUAAAGAGGUAUUUAAGCCACCGGUCCUGAUCAGAUCAGGUGGAGGAAUUCAGAACUAUCUUUAUCAGUUGAAAUCAUCCUCGCAGAGUAAUGGACAAAUGAAAGUUGAGGGAAAUAAUGUUCUUGGUAAGCUUCAGAUCACAUGGCGCACAAAUCUGGGCGAACCUGGUCGUUUACAGACACAGCAGAUUCUUGGGACUGCCAUCACCCGCAAAGAGAUUGACUUGCGUGUUGUAGAGUCUCCAAACAAUAUUAACUUGGGAAGAUCCUUCUCGGUACACUUCAAUCUCAUGAACUUGAUGGACCGAGAUUUGGGUCCUUUUGAAGUUUGGUUAUCGCAGAAUGAAUUAGCUGAGGACAGGGCUGUUAUGGUUAAUGGUCUUCAAAAGAUGGCUUUACCAAAGGUCGAGGCAUUCGGUUCAUCAGAUUUCGCACUGAAUUUAAUUGCUACUAAACUCGGAGUUCAGAGAAUUACAGGCAUUACUGUGUUUGACAUAACAGAGGCCAAAAGUUAUGAUCUGUUGCCAGAUUGGGAGAUCUUCGUGGAUGUCAAGUGAUCUAUCUUCCCAUGUCCUAUUCAGCUGUCAGAAGAUAACUUAACUCUGAUUCCAUUGUGUUCAAAAUUUGCAAGAAAAGGUGCAUUUUGAUGAUCUUCAUAGACAAGCCAUUGCUUGGUCAUUGUACAUAUACACCUCAAGUUAGUGCAGAUUUCUACUUGUCAAUCCUGUUGGUGAGAAUCUGAUUGAGUUUCUGGAUGUGCACAAAGAAUGUUUGGUGCAUCAGCUAACUUUCACCUCCAAUUUCUGUCUGAAAGCUUAAAUGGGUUAUAUCUGCCAAUGUUCUCUUCCUUCCCUAAAAUGGAAGACUGAUUUUCCCCACUAGAGAUAGUGCACUUGUAGGUAGAUGACUCUUUUACAUCUUAUUGACUGGAUUGCUUGUGAAGCUGUUGCUAGUGAUGAAGUAGUUAAAUCCAUUUGCAUCGCCUUGACAAUCGAAAAAGA